AUGCCGUCCAACAAGAAGCCAGGAGGCAAGACGGGGGGCAAAGCCCGCAGCAACAAAGACACAACUUAUCAAGUCAGAGAUAUUCGGGGGUACCGAAUAGAAAACAAGGUGGAGAAGUUUUUUGUCUUGUGGUUGGACUAUGCUGACGACGAAAGCACGUGGGAGCCCUGGAGUUCCCUGUCCGACCUUGGAGGAGAUCUCCGCAAGAAGAUGGAUGCCCUCAGAGACAGGUACAAGGAGUCGGUAAAGCGCCUUGUGUCUCUGCGUGAGAGUCUGGCCACUGCUCGCGAGGAGGCUGUUCUUGCUGCUCGUCUUUUAUCAGAGUUGGCGGUGUCUCCGCACAGCAGCAGCAGCAGCAGCAACAGCAGCAGCAACGCUCUGACGCUUCAGGUGUCCUCUCCGACGGCAGACGAAGCGGGAGGAGACGCAGCGUCGAGCGCCCCAGCAGCAGCAGCAGCAGCAGCAGCAGCAGCAGCAGGUGUUGUUGCUGCUUCGGAUCCGCAGGAGGAUACUGGAGCAGCAGCAGCGUCGUGCACCCCCUCUAGCCCGUCGACGGGCGCAGCAGCAGCAGCAGCAACAACAGCAGCAACAGUAGCAGUAGCAGUAGCAGGGUCUCGGGAGGAGCUGCUGCAGCGUGUAGGUCUUAGCCGCAUCGCUGCGCGCAACCUGCGGUCGCUGCUGCUGCACCUGCGACGCGCAGCAGCAGACCACCAGGCCUUCUUUGAGUCACCAGAGGAGACGCUGGGGCUGCCGCGGCGGCAGCAGCAGAAGCGCAGCAGCAGCAGCAGCAGCAACAGCUGCAGCAGCUUCUUACCGGACAGCACAGAAGACUUCAGCAAAUGCCCCCUCUUAGCCACACAAGUGUGGGGUCGCUUCCCCUCCUUCGUUGAUUGGGGAUCCGAUCCCAGCGGCCGUCUCCUACUCAAACUCGCCUACCUUCACGUUCACUUCACGCCAGUACAGUUUACUGCAGCAGCUCUUUUACGAGCUCUGUCUCCCGAUCCGCGGCCUUCAAUAAGCAGGCAGCUGCUGGAUACCCUUGCCGAGUGGCAGCUUAGCAGGCUUAUCGGGUACGACUGUGUGCUGAUGCCGCACGACGAGUUUCUGUCUCGGUUGGAUAUGAACAAACGUCUGCUGCAGCACUGGCAGUGGCUAAAGAGGAGGCUUAUUGCUGCUGGGCUGCUGCUGCAGCUGAGGGACCCCGUGCAAGACAUUGUCUUCGUUUCCUUUAGAGCAACCAGGGAACAGCUGGAGGCCUUCAUAAAGGAGACGACGGAGCUGCGUCUGAGCAGCAAACUCAAGAAAGCUGCAGCGCCGAAGGCAGCAGCAAACCGAGUGGAGAAGGGUGAGGAGGCAGAGGCAGCAGACGAGCUGCCUACCAAACAGCAGCAGCAGCAGCAGCAGCAGCAGCAGCAGCAGCAGGAACAGCAAGAGACGAAACAGCCGCUUCACGAGGAGAAGCCUCAGCAGCGGGAAGACAACCACCAGCAGCAGAAGCAGCAGCAGCAGAAGCAGCAGCAGCAGCAGAACGACGAGGCAGAAGGUGUGGAGGUGUUACCGGAUGCAAAGGGUGGUGUUGGCGUCUCCUCAGAGGAAGCGAGUGCAAGCAGCUGCAGAGGCAGCAGCAGCUCGCAGCAGCAAGAGGAGCAGCAGAAGGAGCACCAGCAACAGCAGCCGCAACAGCCGCAGCAGCAGCAGCAGCAGGAGGACGAAGAUGAGGUUGUGCUUCUAGAGGAUGGGGUGUACGGCCCCCCAAGCAAGCGAGCGCGUGUGAGCGGUUCUGCAGCAACAGCAGCAGCACCACCAGCAGCAGCAGCAGCAGGGAGUAGUGCCAAGGCCCCUGAAGUGGUGGAGACUGAGGAACAAGAAGAUAAAGACGUCGUUGAGAUAGCUUCAGACAGCGAAGGGUUUCCCGAAGACCCUGUUGCUGUCUCUGUUAAGUUUGUGUGGCUGCAAGCAGCAGAUGCUGCUAUUACGCAUGCGCUGGAGGUAAUUCGCCAUGCAGAGGAGACAGCAGCAGCCUUUGUUGCAACAGAGCAGCAGCAGCAGCUGCAGCAGCAGCAGCAGCAGCAGCAGCUACAGGAGACAUAA